CCUGUGCAUCGCUACGCAAAGAGGAAAGUCCAGUGAUAUGAUCGAAUGCGUUGCUACGGGGCGAUGAGGAGAUUUUAUUCGUCCCUGAUGGUAUCGUGAAGCUAUAAUGCGAAAUAUUCUGCGGACUCUACGCGCGUAUACGUGCACGAAAGGACGCACGAGUGUGGUGGUGAGCGUAAAGAGUGUGCCUGAAGUAAGAGUAUGAGUACCGUUACGGGGCAUGCGCCCGCAGCCACCAUAUCCAAUGGCCCCGCCUUUCACGGUGCAAACGAUGCCUUUGGGAUUUGUCCUCCCUGGACCAAUGGGCGAACGAGGUUGCCAUACGCGACGGGAGAGGUGAGGUUAUACGAGUCGAAAUGGAGGGGAGCAGACAGGAAGAAGGGGGGCGCGGCAAGGGGGAACGAAGAGAAGCGAGGGGUUCUGUGGAUCGUGUGGGAGCAGGGAGGCAGACAACGAAUGCGACUACGAAUGCUUACGAAACCUCGCGACGUCAACGUAUAACAAAACUCUGUUUAAAAUACCUAUAGUGUUUUUUUUAAAGACGUACGAAAGACAAAGGUGCACGAUAGAAAGUUUGGUCUAACUGACGGUAGAAUCGGUGCGGUGACAGUAUCUACGGCGUGUUCGAAAACGUGAUAGGUGUGACUGCGCAGUCGCCAUGUGAGUACCUGAACAAGUAUCCGAAACUCCAUGCAAUGUUGUGUGCCUUCGAUAUUUUUAGUUACCCCGUAGAACCGUGUCGCCGGUAUUUCGUUCGCUAAUACAAUGUACACGACUCAGUGAUGCUAGACGAUCGCCGAUCAAAACACGAAUUACAGAACACACUGUGCAUUAUGUCCCGCCGGAUCUUCGAACGUGCUUUAUUUUGUGCAGCAAGUUGAAAAGAUUAAAAGUGAUAUUUUAACACAAAAUACCUAUAUACAAUGGCAAGAAAAAAAGACAUUAAAUUGCUAAUAAUUUAAUAGUGGAAAGAAUACUUCUUUUUCUAAAGGAAGUUUAACUUCAAAUAAUAAAAAGGUAUCGAAAAACAUGACAGAUGUUAAGCCGAUUGGAAUCUCUCAAAAUCAACCGCAACAGACACAGCAACAGCAGCCACAGCAGCAGCAACAACCACAACAGCAACAGCAACAAUCGCAGCAGCAGCAGCAGCCACAGCAGCAAAUGAUGAUUGCAACCCAUGAUAUUCAACAACAACAAAAUGUACAGCAACAACAGCAGCAUGUUCAACAGCAACAACAGUCUCAGCAGCAGCAAGUACAGCAACAACAACAACAGGCACAGCAACAAGUACAAUCUCAACAAGUUCAGCCACAACAGCAGAUUCAGCAGCAAGUACAGUCGCAACAGCAAAUGCAAGUUCAGCAACAGGUUCAACAACAAGUGCAACAACACGUCCAACAACAGCAACAGCAGCAGCAGCAGCAACAGUCUCAGCAACAGCAAUCUAAUAAUGGACAGCAUAAUGUUGUUCCUGCUCAAGUUCAAGUACAGCCACAGGUAGCAGCAAUUAUGCCUCAACAACAGGGUGCUGUUGCAGUAUCAAUGCAACAGCAUCAGCAGCAGGGGGGUGUAUCUAUGACCUUGUCCGGACAACAAGGAGCAACCACUAUAACAACUAUGGCUGCACAUCCUCAAGCGGUACAAGUUAUUCAGCAACCCAUGCAAAACCAAGCAUAUCAUUUACAACAACUUUAUAAUACUCAAGGAACCCCCUUACUGAUGCCAGGGAACUUAGCUCUUCAUCCCGCAGGAAUCAAUCCUUCCUCUAUACAGGUUAUAACGGCUGGAAAGCCAUUUCAGUCCGCUGCUCAACUUACACCUCACAUGUUGACUACUGCGUCAACGCCGGGUCAAGGCGGAGGUCACCCCGCGGGUGGAACUACUAAAGUACAAGGAUUUCCUACGGGUUACUUACCAGUACCUACUUCCGCUACACCUGGUGCAGGACAGACUUUAGUAUUUGGUCAACUAGGUGUACUAGGUUCUCCACAACCUCCAUCCUUACAGCAGCAACAACAACAACAGUCCGCAAACAAACAGGAUCAAGUACAAAAGUAUACUACAUGUACCGCGGCUCAGCAAUCCGGCGGAAGAGGCGGUAUGCAAUUUGCUCCUUGGCAAUUUACACCGCAAGUUGCUUGGACAGGGAUCCAACCACCAGCACUUCUUACUAACCAAAUAUUUAUUAGAGGUCCUACUCAACCCGAUAUGUUCAUACAAAGUCCACAGCCAAUCCAAGCUCAUAAUGCACUGGCUACGCAACAACAAAUCCAAGGGGUGCAACAAAUUGCUGCGGCUAGUGCCAAACCAAAGGUAAUGGAUAUGCAACAACAACAACAGCAACAGGGUAAGCAAAGCACUGGUGGACAACGACCGUUGAGUAUUUUGCCGUCCUCUCUACAAGCGGUACAAGCUGCUAAUAUACGAGCUGCCAGUUCCGUUUCUACGCAAACCGUUCAUGGAGUACAAGCCACGGUAUAUGCACAGAGCGGAAAAGGGAGCGGUAGUAGCGGUAAAGGUCGUGGUAAACCAUUGCAAUCGCCGCAACAACCGCAGCAACAGUCCCAGCAAGCUAUGCAACAACAACAUCAACAGGUUUUUAUUCAACAGAAACAGCACACGCAGCAGCAACAGCAGAUGCAACAGCAGUAUCAACAACCACAAGUCCAAACAUCGCAACAGCAAAUACAACCUAAACCAAUAAUGACGAACAUGACUCUACAGCAGCAACAGCAAUCUGGUGUGGUUCUCGGUGGAGAACGCCCGAUUAUGCCUGUGGUAUCUGUAGGCGGUGUUGGUGUUGGAGUUGGAGUUGCUACUACGUCUCAAAUGAGUCAAGUACAACAAUCAUCAAUGUCUAACGUACAACAAUUACCAUUACAGGCGAUCAAUUCGACAAUAAUUGGUAGUCAAAUAGUUAGCGGGACGUCACAGGUCCAAACGAUGUCUAUGGUGAAUCAGUUAACAGAUCAAACACACGAUAGUAGUAAUUCCACCAUAAUGAUCACAUCGCCUGAUCGUAAUCACCAAGCCGAAUGUACCUUAGUAUUACCAUCCACUACGAACACCCCAGUCACAAACGAAGAAAAUUCUAAAUUAAUUUUGAAAAAGGAAGAACCAAUGCCCGUUACGAUAGAAGAAAUUGCAGUAGCUCAACCAGAAGUAACAGACGGGGACCAAUGUAAGAUAGUUCUUAAAGAUGACGAGAGUUUGUCUAUAAAGUCGGAAGAGAAAUCGUGUAACAAUCCUUUAGCUGGAUUGGCGAACACAAUUAAUUCUAUUACAAACGGUGUUAACAACGAAGAAUCUGUAACAAUUCCUGUGUCUGUACCAGUUACUGCGAACAGUAAACAUGUGCCUCCAAAAGCAAUGGUCAAACCACAAGUCCUCACACACGUAAUCGAAGGCUUUGUUAUACAAGAAGCGUCUGAACCAUUUGCUGUUAAUCGAACGUCAUUAAAUAACGCAGUCAAUCAGGAUACAAGUAAUAUUUUAAAUCGUAAUAAUUCAUCAGAGAAAGAGAACCAUGAAGAACCACCAAGGAAAAAGCACGCGCCUAAUUAUCCCAGUGACGAGGACGGAAGUAAUGCUCAAAGUGGAAAAUGCGAAUCAUGUGGUACCUUAGUGGACGAGCAGAAUAUUAAGUUUAAAAAAGAAAAGCGAUUUUGUUCCUCCGGCUGCGCGAAGAGCAAAAAACGUGAAAUGAGAGAUCGCGACGGUACCGAGAAACAGUGGACUGAAUUGAUAGAGACUGAAUCGAAAAACGUUGACGGAGACAUGAAAAAGAAUGGGGAAGAAAAGUUAUUGUCCACUACUACCACUUCCUCUAUUGACGAUACACUGCCAAAAAUUAAUCCCGUGAAAUGGACGGUCGGUGAGGUAUGUGAUUUUAUUCGCGGGUUACCGGGUUGUGCUGACUAUGCAGAAGAUUUCGCGAUCCAAGAAAUAGAUGGGCAAGCGCUUAUGUUACUUAAAGAGGACCACCUUAUGUCAGCCAUGAGCAUCAAAUUAGGUCCUGCGUUAAAAAUCGUAGCCAGAAUCGAUUCAAUGCGAGUAGAGUCGCUAUCAAAUUCUAAUCCCACAUCUAAUAAUUCGUAAACAUUUACUGCUUGAGAUUUUUGUCUUCAGAAUUUCAAGUUGCAGCCUAUGGGCUACAGGGUUUGUGCAAGUAUUUGAUCGGAUUGUAGAUUUAAGAUUUCUAAGAAAAACAUACGAUGUUUUUUUUAUGAAAAUACAAUGUUUUUGUAUUUUUUUUUCCAUUUAAUUUUCAUAAAAGUUUAUUUCCUCCUUCGAGUAGGACAACGUAUUGAUUACUAAGUUAUAGUAUUUCAAAGUGUACUGAUAUGAUUUAAAGAUCGAUCUAUGUAAGACUAAUUCUAAGUUUCGUACUAUUUCCUAGUAUAUCAUAUGGCUAUAUCGAUAUUUCAAAUAAAAGCGUAGCUUUCAUUAUUUUAUUUUAAUGUACCAUACUGGCAAUAUACAUAUACGUAAUUAUACAUCCUUUGAUAAGUCUUACACCGAUUGAUUUUUAUAAAUGUAAAUAAAAAUCAAGUUUAGUUCUGUAUUUUUUAUUUUGAAAUGUAUGUACAUUGCAUUUAGGAACUUUUUCUAAAAUAUUAUUCUAUGAGAUAUGGUUGACUAGAACUAUCAAGAAACUGAGUACAAAUUAUGUCCAUUACACAGAAAGAAAGAAAGAAAGAAGACGUUGUAUAUAAACUAUCCGGCAUAUAUACGAUGUAUUUUGUACUCGAAAAUUACAUUUGGGAGGUGUACAAAAAUUAUUGCCUUCUAUAAGAUUUACGAUAAUCCUGAAAGAAAAUCCGGCAUUUUUAAAACGUUAGCCUUUGUGAUGAAUAGUAAUUUAUGUGCGUGACAAUUUCAAAUUGAGAUACGACAUUUGACACAACACAUUUAACACUAUCGACCAUGUACUUUGUAAAUGUAUCAUGUGCACUCAACUUGCAUACAUGUAAAUAUUAAACAUAAAAUGUUUAUUUAAUAUACAAAUUUUAUAACAUGAAAUUUUAGUUAUUAACAGAAAUUAUCCUUCCAUUUAUAGUGAUGUGCUUUAAGUUGAGUAAUUAUUCACUGUAAGUGCAAGAAAAAUAUAUUUCUAACGUUUGUAUAAAAUGUGACAUUGAGCAGGAAGCAGGACAUUACUUUUAACUUUAUAUAUUAUCUCGUGAACGUCUACUAUGAAACGUGUUCAUCGAAAUAGCAAAGAUACCAAUAUGUUAUUUAUAUUAUUACUCGGUCUUUACGAUUAUGAAUAAUGUAAAUAUAUCUAUUCCUUAAGCAUUUAUUCGAUAGGAUUAUUUAAUUCUACAUUCAAUGAUAUAUCAUUCGGCAACUAUUAUAAAGAAUUAAGUGUUUCAAAAUUGAAAAUGUUUUAACGAAGAAUGUAUUUGUAUCUGUAACAUGCACAAUACCUUUAUAUUAUAAUCUGUACUUAAUUUUUGUUUAUAGUAAAAAAUGCUGAAAAAUUGUUUAUAAAACGUAUUUAGGUAAAAGUGCACUAAUUACAAGAAUACAACAUAAAACGCAUUUGUUCUAUGUCAAAUUUGAAAAUCACUCAGGGCUUAAUCUCACGAUACACGUUUUUAUACUCAUUUGAAAGACACUAC